CUCAGGGGGUUAAAAGCAGAGAACUGCCAGGAGAAAGUUCUCUUGGUUCCGGUUAGUGAAGAGUCCAGACCUGCCCUGCCCAGCUGCGGGCUGGGCGGGGGAGGGGAAGCCAUGUGGCCGGGAUGAGAGGCUGCAUUGGGGGCAGGCAAUAGCUUGGAGCCAAGAGAGUGCAGUGAUGUUAUGUGAAGGAGUGGCAGGAACAGAGACGACAGUUUUGUUGAGGCAUUGCCACUCAUCUGGGAGACCCUCCCUUCAAAAUGACUUCUGGAGUCCCAGAGAAGAGCUCGACCCCUCAUCUUUUGUCCAGGGAAAGACUGACAUCUUUUACUGAAUUCCUUCUGUCAGGCUGGACACUCAGCUGUGCUGCUCUGACCAUCCUGCCCUUGGGCACCUGGGCAUGUGGUGGGGGGAAGCUCAAACUCUGCCCAAAGCCCUGAGAGCCACAGCUGGUCCCAGCUAGAAGAGGUUCCAAAGCAGCUGUUCUUUCUCAGCUCCUGUGUGAGCACAGGUCCAGCCCUGCAGACGCAGUGUACAGCAAAGCAAGUUAUCUGCUGCAGCACGUCCAGAAGAAAAUGUCUCAGCGCCUUUGUUCUGCAGGAUGGUGGAAAUCUUCCUGUGCUGGGAAUUCUCCCCUGCUCUUGGUUUGCCCUGUGUUGAUGUUUCCUCAGGUGGUGAAGGUCUCCAUGGGGAGCUCCUCUUACUUCCAGCUCACGUGCUCCAGCGAUGUGUUCCGUGUCGUGCCGCCGGGCGCGUCUGCCCCUGUGCGCAUCCGCUUCAGCCCCGCCGAGAACAAGGAUUAUUCCCAUGAGCUCAUCUGUGUCACUGAAAGGGAAAGGACAGUUGUGCCAAUUCGGGCCAUUGGUGCCCGAGCUAUCCUGGACUUCCCUGACCAGCUGGACUUCUCCAAGUGUCCGGUCAAGUGCAGCACCCAGAAGACUCUGCUGGUCUGCAAUGUCGGUACCCAGGCAGCUCGUUACCAGCUGAGCAGCCAGAGUCCUUUCUCCAUGUCACCAGCCACAGGAAUUCUGGACGCUGGUGACACCAUGCAGGUGACAGUGGGAUUUCACCCGCUGACCACGGGUGACCACUGCGGGUCCCUGGCAGUGUGCUGCAGCACAGGUGAAGAAAAUAUCCACACAAACCUCCGCGGAGAUGCUGUAGAAGUCAAUGCUGGGUUGAGCACAAAUUCCGUGGAGCUUGAGAAGACUUUCAUCACCAUGUCAAGCCACAAAACAAUGUUCAUUGAAAACAGGAGUAACAUCACAGCCCACUUCCAGUGGAAGGCUUUUCCUACUGAGGAAGGAGAGAUUGAAGAGAAGAGGAGGAAAUUCUUCAUUGUCUCAUCCGAGGACUGUGCAAUCCGAUGCAGCCUUCGGGCUUGCACACUGGGGAUCAGCCCUGCCAAUUUGGUAACACCCAAACCGCUGUCAUUCAUGCUCGAGUACAAGAUGGCAUCGCAGGUGCACGAGGGCAGGUGCAGCCAGUCCUUGACCGCUGUUCGGAUUUUUUGGUCCAGGGCUUCGAGGGCCCCUGCCUUCAGUUCUGAGUGGUCUGCCAGGUAGGUCAGUCGAGGGGUGGUGUAUGUUUUGAGGAUAUCCAGCUUUUGCAGAGGUUUAAGUGGAGCUUGAUCAAUUUGUUUGAGCCAGAAGUCUAGCUUCGCCGAGAGAUUGGGUUUUGCUAUCCCAGUCCAGGGGUCAAACUGCAGGCCGAGGUACUUCUCAGAUUCUCCGGGGUCAAUCAUGUUCAGGGGUGUGCCGUUGAUGGUCCAAGCAGCGCAGUUAUUGACGGCGUAAGAAUCCUUAGUGGGCUUGAUGUAAAAGCCGUGGCAUUUUUCCCCCUGUGUUUUGAGACCGGUGAGAUUGCAGAAGGUCUCUAGUAUUGCGAUGUUUGCUUUCAUGCUUUCCCAGGAGUCGCUCAAUAAAACCAAGUCGUCUGCAAAUGCCAUUGCUGUGAUGCUGCUGCCGUCUCGUUGGUAUCCUUUGCCAC